AUGUUUGCCUGCUCGAAGCAGCGCUUUUCAUCAGCAUUCGUCGCGCUCAAGAAGGCUCCGUGUCUAGGUUCCCCCGCAACCUUAUCGGUCUCGUCCCCCGCGUUCCCAUCGGUGGUCUUCGCGCAAUGUCCGCCACCGCUGCCCGUGCAGACCCUUUUCGGCCUGCGAAGAGGGUCGCAGGCCAACGACAAGAUGUCUGUUCCAUUGCGUCUCAGGUCUAUCGUCAAUGAAGCCGCAGCCGCAUCGCCAGUCCAGCCGAUUGUGAAUAUGGGACAAGGGUUUUUUGGCUAUAACCCUCCACAAUUUGCCAUCGAUGCUGCGAAAGAGGCUCUCGACAAGGUGGAAUGCAACCAGUAUUCGCCAACCAAGGGUCGGCCACGCCUGAAGAAGGCCAUUGCGGACGCCUAUUCUGCGUCUUUCGGUCGGAAGCUCGACCCGGACACGGAAGUUACCAUCACCACCGGCGCAAAUGAAGGUUGGUUGGAGAUCGCGGUUCCGAAUAAGUUAGACGCUCGAGCUGACCAGCGAACAGGAAUGCUUUGUGCAUUCAUGGCCUUCGUAGAACCUGGCGACGAAGUCAUCGUCUUCGAGCCUUUCUUUGACCAGUAUAUCAGCAACAUCGAGAUGCCCGGUGGUACGAUCCGAUAUGUUCCGCUACACCCGCCCAAGGACGGCGCUACCAGAACGUCGUCCGCUGCUGAAUGGACCAUUGACUUUGACCAACUGGAGAAGACGAUCAACCCCAAGACGAGGAUGAUUGUGCUCAACUCACCUCGCAGCCACAACCCUGUGGGCAAGGUAUUCUCUCGCGAGGAGCUCGAACGCAUUGGCGCUCUGGCUGUGAAGCACAACCUGAUCAUCCUGUCCGACGAAGUCUACGACCGUCUCUAUUAUGUUCCAUUCACCCGCAUUGCGACUCUAUCCCCUGAGCUGUAUGAGCGUACUCUGACGGUCGGCUCUGCGGGCAAGGCCUUCUAUGCAACGGGUUGGCGAGUGGGCUACCUGAUCGGACCGCCCCAUCUGAUCAAGUAUGUUGCAGCUGCCCACACGCGAAUCUGCUACAGCAGCGUGUCCCCGCUUCAGGAGGCCUCCGCAGUGGCAUUUGAGAAGGCCGACGCGGUUGGAUUCUGGGACCAGAGCAGGACGGAAAUGAGGCAGAAGGUGGAGCGGUUCUGCAAGGUGUUUGAUGAGCUUGAAAUUCCCUACUCUGAUCCGGAAGGCGGUUACUUUGUCCUCGCCAACAUGUCAUCCGUCAAGCUGCCCGAAAACUACCCGUUUCCUCCACACGUGGCGAGCCGCCCCCGCGAUUUCAAACUGUCCUGGUUCCUGAUCAAGGAGGUCGGUGUGGCCGCUAUCCCGCCGACGGAAUUCUACACGGACGAGAACGCCCACAUUGCGGAGGACUACCUUCGGUUCGCGGUGUAUGAAUGUAUUCCUCCCGUUAGUCCUGUCGACGAAACGAAAUGA